ACAAAGUUUUCCGUUGAGGAGGGGAGUAACAGUUCACGUAUCUAAUUCAACACACACAAUAUAAAGCGAAGACGAGAAACAUCCAGGAGUAUUCGUUCCUCUACAACAUUUGCUAUGUAUUAUUGCUGUCUGGAGACGUAGCGUACAUAGGCCACAUUUCUGUCGCCGAGUUGAUAUGCGGAGGACGGACAUUUGGUAUUUGUGGUAGCUUCCCCAAAUAGCAGUCACCACGGCGGGGGACAUCAGGCCAACCGUGUGCAGGGUGGUCAUCUACCUACAGAAGGACAUGUCUGGGGAGACCUGCCUUCAUCAGCUUCACCCACAGACUGGGCCCAUUGUGCCCGUAUCUCCUGUGGCUUGUCCCAAGACCAAGACCUGUAGUUACCGCGGAGCCGUUGGACUAGGAAAUAAGUAUGUGCGUCUGAAUGUUGGUGGAGCGCUUUUCUACUCCACACUGCAGGUGCUUACACGGCAGGACACCUUGCUAAAGUCUAUGUUCAGUGGCAGGAUGGAGGUGUUCACUGACAAAGAGGGUGCAGCCUUUAAAUGUUGUCAACACAAACUGCUCUGUUUAGGCUGGAUCCUGAUAGACCGCUGUGGGAAACACUUUGGUACAGUCCUCAGUUACCUGCGAGACGGUGUCGUGACCUUGCCCAAGAGCCGACAGGGUGUCCAAGAGCUCUUGGCUGAGGCCAAAUAUUACCGUAUCCAAGGACUGGUGGACUUGUGUCAGCAUGCUCUUCAGGACAAUAAGGAAAAGGCACUGUGUGUGAUCCCUGUCAUCACCUGUCCCAAAGAAGAGGAGAGAUUAAUACAAGGCUGUACCAAACCUGUGGUGAAACUACUCUAUAAUAGAAGUAACAACAAAUACUCUUAUACAAGCAAUUCUGAUGACAACUUAUUAAAGAACAUUGAGCUAUUUGAGAAGCUGUCUCUGAGCUACAAUGGCCGUGUGCUCUUCAUGAAAGAUGUCAUUGGGGACGAGAUCUGCUGCUGGUCUUUCUAUGGCCAGGGCCGUAAGCUAGCAGAAGUCUGCUGCACCUCGAUUGUUUACGCCACCGAGAAGAAGCAUACCAAGGUCGAGUUUCCGGAAGCACGUAUUUACGAGGAGACGCUGAAUGCUUUGUUAUACGAGACACUCCCGGUUCCAGACAACUCUCUUUUGGAGGCCACACGACGGCGCGCCCACUGCUGCUCUCACAGCGAGGAAGACGAAGCCGUGGAGCUGAGGGAACGCGUUCGGCGAAUCCACAUCAAGAGAUACAGCACAUAUGAUGACAGGCCCCUGGGACACUAACGGCGCAGACAAAUGGUGUCUGCUCACAUAUCUUUAGCUCUUUCACUCUUGUGCCUCUUUACCUAACGCAACACUACCUGCACUUCUAUGUUUGAUUAAGUGUUGAACCACUACGUGAUAACCCGAGGAACGUGGCUUGCUUGGUCUGUGCUCCUCGGUUGAAUUUACCCACCCUACUCAUGAGAUGGAGCAUUUGCUAAAAGUAUAUACGGAUUAUGAGGUUUACAUUAAUGAGCAAGGUUAUUAAAGUUACUGAGAAUUAUCAUGUAAUUCUGAACUUGUUCAUUCUCACUCAUUUUAAUUUAUUAUGUCAGAGCAUUUGAAUUUGUUGGUACUCCAUUUGAAAAUAGAAGAGAAGAAAACACUGCUCAUCUUGUCUCUGAAAUGAAGGGUUUUUUGUUUUGGGUUUUUUUUUUUUGUUUUUUUUAGGCAGAAUGCAAAGGUGCAUUGCAGUUUUAUCUUUUUUAUCAGAAUGUAUUUUUUUAUGCCCUCAUAACAAUCUCAUUUUAUGGAAUGUUACCUAAGCACAAUCAUAACGUUGUUAUAUUGGGCGGCCACUGUCAUAUAAUUAACAUAGUAAUAUCACCAGUUAUCUCCCGUCGAUCGACAGUCAUUUGGGAUGGAAUGCAAUACAUUGACUGAAUGGUGAAAACACCCUCUUUUUAUUAAUUAUUGUUCAAAUGUGACCUCACCUACGCAAUCUUUUGUCUGCUCUUUAUUUUACUCAGAUUAUGAUUUCUUAUAUUUAUCACAAACACUUGUGCCUCAAUAAAUCCGAGUCAAAA